CGCGCGCCCAGCCGGCCCGCACCGCGCCAUGGCCCCGCGCGCCCGGCGGCGCCGCCCGCUAUCCGCGCUGCUGCUGGCGAUCUGCGUGCUGCUCGUCCCGCUGCAGGUCAGACAGAGCUGUCUCAUUUGAACUAAAAAACUGGGUCUUCAGAGAACAGCCAGCUGCCUAGGAAAAACCCGCCUGCCUGACCACACAGUGAAAAGGAAAAGAGAGAAAAAGCACACACAUUUGAUUCCAGCAACAAAAUAGCAGAGCGUUUGGAACGAGCCGGCACCUCUCAUAUUUUGUGACCCUGCAGGUUGCUCCUCCAUGCACCCGUGAGAGGCAUUAUGAACACCUUGGACGGUGCUGCAGCAAAUGUGAACCAGGAAGAUACCUGUCUUCUAAGUGCACUCCUACCUCUGACAGUGUGUGUCUGCCCUGUGGCCCAGACGAGUACUUGGACAGCUGGAAUGAAGAAGAUAAAUGUUUGCUGCAUAAAGUCUGUGAUGCAGGCAAGGCCCUGGUGGCGGUGGACCCUGGCAACCGCACGGCCCCACGGCGCUGCGCAUGCACGGCCGGCUACCACUGGAACACAGACUGCGAGUGCUGCCGCCGCAACAUGGAGUGUGCGCCAGGCUUCGAAGCCCAGCAUCCUUCUCAACAUGGACACGGUGUGCACACCCUGCCUCCUCGGCUUCUUCUCAGAUGUCUUUUCAUCCACGGACAAAUGCAGACCCUGGACCAACUGUACCCUCCUUGGAAGGAUAGAAGCACACCCAGGGACGAAGAAAUCUGAUGUGGUCUGCAGCUCUUCUCUGACAUUGAGAAAACCACCCCAGGAAGUCCAGGUUUACUUGCCCAGUCUCAUCAUUCUGCUCCUCUUCGUCUCUGUGGUGCUAGUCGCUGCCGUCGCCCUUGGUGUUUACUACCGGAAGGGAGGGAAAGCGCUGACAGCUAAUUUGUGGAACUGGGUCAAUGACGCUUGCAGCAGCCUAAGUGGAAAUAAGGAGUCCUCAGGUGACUGUUGUGUUGGUGCCCACUCAGCAACCUCCAGUCAACGAGAAGUGUGUGAAGGCGGCUUGCUAAUGUCUCUGGAGGAGAAGAUGCUUCCAGAAAACAUGUGCUGUCUGGAAGAUGGUCCUGGGGUCUGUGGGCCUGUGUGUGCAGCAGGCGGGUCCUGUGCAGAGGGUGGAGAUGCCAGGAUGUUCACAUUGGUCAGCGAAGUUGAGACCCAGGGGGACCUCUCAAGGAAGAUUCCCACAGAGGAUGAGUACACAGACCGGCCCUCACAGCUGCCCGAUGGUUCCCUGUUCCUGAUCCAGCCUGGAAGCAGAUCCACACCCGCUUUCCAGGAGCCUCUGGAAGUGGGGGAGAAUGACAGCUUAAGCCAGUGUUUCACAGGGACUGAGAGCACGGCUGAUUCAGAAGGCUGCAGCUUCAUUGAGCCUCCAUGUAGGACUGAUUGUACUCCUUCGUCCUCUGAAAAGUACUUGAAAAAAGAAAUAGAGGGUGACAGUUGCCUGCCCUGGGUGGCCAGCUCCAGCUCAACAGAUGGCUACACAGGCUGUGGGAACACUCCUGGGGAGGACCAUGAGCCCCUAAUGGGUUCUCUGAAAUGUGGACCAUUGCCCCAGUGUGCCUACAGCAUGGGCCUUCCCGGCGAAGCAGCCGCCAGUGUGGCAGAGGCGGGAGAGCAGCUCCAGGACAGGGCUGAUGUAAAGCUUCCAAGCUCGGAGAGGGGAGCCUCAGGGUCUGGGAAUUCCCCCAGUGACCAGCCACCUGCGUCUGGGAACGUGACGGGAAACAGCAAUUCCACGUUCAUCUCCAGCGGGCAGGUGAUGAACUUCAAGGGCGACAUCAUCGUGGUGUACGUCAGCCAGACCUCGCAGGAAGGCCCGGGCCCUGCGGAGCCGGAGCCGGAGCCGGUGGGCCGCCCGGUGCAGGAGGAGACGCUGGCGAGCAGAGACUCCUUUGCAGGCACGGCUCCGCGCUUCCCCGACACGCACGCCACCGGGGCAGGGCUGCAGGAGCAAGGCGCUUCCCGGACGAAGGACGGGACAUCGCGGCCAGUGCAGGAGCAGGGCGGGGUGCAGGCCUCACCCCGUACCCGGGGGUCGGGACAAUGCGCAGAAUGACCUGCUUGCCCUGGGCGCAGGGCACCAUUGCCUUUCCCCAAACAGAUGUGUUGUGGCUAGCCACUGCGCCCCUGUCACAGAUGCGGGCCGCUGGCGUGGUGGUGGAGCCCACCUCUCACUUCCUCCUGUGCCUCUCUCCUCUGACUCCCACCACCCGGUGUCAUUCAGUUUGCUCCCCGCCCUUUUUUUUUUUCAGUGUUGGUAUCCUACCUUACUGAGGUCUGUACCCCAGCCCCGUAUUUAUAUUUCACUUGCUUUUGUAGUGUGCUUCUCGAUACUUUCUCCUUUUUCUUUCUAUCUUGACUAUUUAAGGGUUUUCAUGACAAUUCUGAAGGUGCUGUCUCCUUUACAUUAUUUUGCACUCUGUCCUACAGUGGUCUGGUGAUGGCUUUUGCCAGUGUCCUCUAAGCACUUUCAGAAAAGGCCAGAUGUGUAAAGCUGGGCAGUGAAGUGCAAGAAAUGAGUAGAGAGACUUUUAUUUUCUGGAAAUAUUCUGUGUCUCAAUUUUUCUCAAAAGAAGGAAGGCCUCACCCCCAACAACAACAAGCAAGGUUGCCAGCCCGUAUAGAUCCUGGAGAACUAAGUUCAGGGUGUGGCCUUGUCUCCUACCUUUUUUGUUUGUUUGUUUGUUUUUUGCCAGGGUAACAGGUACUUGGCCACUAAAUCUCAAGAAAUCCUAGCUUUUGUGGUUUGGCAUUCUUAUUUUUAAAUGAUUAGCUGUCUAGAAAAGAUGGAAAAGGUGAAUAGGACAUGGGGCCAAAGAAAAAAAGAAGGUUCCCCAGGAAUUUCCA